AUGAGUGAAUUCCCUUUAAGGGAGUGUCGGAAGAAAGUCGUGACAAUUUUUACCAAGGAGAUAAAUAAGAGAAAGUUUGAAGGCAAUGCUGCAAGAGCUGAGUUUGAUUUGUUGGACCAAUUCUUGAACCUAAAAGAUGACGAUGGUAAUCAAUUACAAGAUGAAGAGGUGCUUGAUAACAUUGUAGGCCUAAUAAUUGCUGGCUACGAAUUUAUCACUUCAAUUAUGUGGAUUUUGUAUUAUCUCGCCAAGCACCCCAAUAUACUCAAAAAGCUACAGGAGGAGCACAUGAAUGUUGGUACAAAUGGCGAUUUCAUAAGACGUGAUGACAUUCUGAAAUUGCAGUACACAAACAAGGAUGUGGAAGAAACAAUAAGAUUAGCCAAUGUAUCAGCAUUUGUUUUCAGGAAAGCUAAGAGGGAUGUUGAGUACAAAGGAUACAAAAUACCUAAAGGAUGGAAAGUAAUCUGCUGGUUACGAUACAUUCAUACAGAUCCAAAAAAUUUUGAAGAUCCAUUGUGUUUCAAUCCAGAUAGAUGGAACGAACAACCAAAGCCUGGGACAUUCAUGGUCUUCGGUGGGGGUUUAAAGAUUUGUCCAGGAAAUAUGCUUGCUCGAAUGCAGGUUGCUAUUUUUAUCCACCAUCUAGUUGUAAGAUACAGGUGGGAACUAGUUAAUGCUGAUGCAGAAAUGAGUUAUCUCCCGCAUCCAGGACCAAUUGAUGGGGUUGAGAUUAACAUAAGCAGAAUCUAA